GCACGGACACGCACCACAAAUUGUGUAUACCCGCGGUGCAGAGAAGUGAAUGUUGCUAUGUAGUUUGCAUCCACCUCUUCAGGGGGUGUUGGCGUACGAGGGCAUUUUGACGUAAUAGGCAAAAGGCCAUCAUGUCCGCUCUCGGGGUUCUCUCUGCCUCAACGCAUCUUCGUUUCUGAGGUUAUAAUCCUCGCGCGUUCGGAAGAAAUAUUUGUACUCCAAGUACUUGUCACAGGACAUAACGAGAGUGCGACGUCCGAGUUACGCAACAGAAUUGCGAAACUUCGUUGUUCGUUAACAGACAAGUGAGAGACAAGUGAGUAGCAUUAUGGACGGAAAAUGCCGGUGAUCGGGGAUGUUAUUGCGUAUAUUGAAUUGGCUCAACAUCUGCUGGGUUGAAUGAAAACACGUCGAAGGCUCUUUCCGUCGCGAGAAUGGAGGCAUUUGUAUUGCGGGCGACGAUGCUGCGCCGCAAAAAGGAAUCCACAUAGUGCCAAAGCGUCAAAUGAGAGGAAUUCAAUGGAGUCUGGACUGUUUCGUUUUACACCCUGAUUUAUAUACGCAAUUCUGAGCCACAAUGUCGAACACUCUGAUGCAGCAGUUUGUUCAGCGACUCAAGUCGAGAAAUGAGGAGGCGCGCAACAAGGCGGCGCGCGACCUGUGCCUGUACGUCAAGCGGGAACUGCGCGAGGCGUCGCAGGAGGAGAUCACGGCUUUCAUGGACGAAUUCAAUCAUCACAUAUUCGAAAUGGUAUCCGCCUCCGACAUUAACGAGAAGAAGGGAGGUAUAUUGGCCAUAGUUUGCCUUAUAGGUGCGGACGUGGGUAAUUUUAAUACGCGGACAGUGCGAUUCGCUAACUACCUUAGAAACCUGAUACCAUCCAAUGACGUGGGCGUCAUGCAGCUAGCCGCGAAGACUGUCGGGAAAUUGGCGCUGGUCUCCGGUACUUAUACAGCCGAAUACGUCGAGUUCGAGGUGAAACGUGCCUUCGAGUGGCUCGGCGCGGACCGACACGAGGGCAGGAAACACGCCGCCGUGCUCGUGCUACGGGAACUCGCCGUCUCCGUGCCAACGUACUUUUUCCAACAAGUCACGCCGUUUUUCGAAUUGAUAUUCAACGCUAUACACGAUCCUAAACCGGCUGUACGGGAGGGCGCGGUGGAAGCCCUGAGAGCAGCCCUGGUGGUCACCGCUCAAAGAGAAACUGUGAAGCAGAUGCACAAAUCGCAAUGGUACAAACAGUGCUACGACGAGGUCAUAGAUGGAUUCGAGGAGGUGCACACGAAGGAGAAGGGUAUUAACCGGGACGACAGGAUACAUGGCUCGCUGUUGGUGUUGAACGAACUUCUGAGAUGCAGCAAUGUCCAGUGGGAGAGAAACUACGAGGCUCUAAUGGAGAGAUUGAACGGUUCUACGCAAAAUGAAAACGAUAUAAUUUGUUUGAUGCCGCGCUUGAAGACGACGAUCGGAUCGAAAUGGGCCGGAGCCAACCAAAAUGCGACCACGUCCCAGCACACGUUGUAUCCGGCACACGAGUCGACCGUUUGCCGAUGCUUGAUGCAGGAGAGACUGGACGAUAUUUAUAAUGACGUUAUGAAUCAAAAGAUAUCUAGGAAUCCGCACAUUCAGCACGCCCUCAUGAUGUUGUUGCCGAGGCUCGCUGCAUUUAACAAGGAGAAAUUUAUAAGGGAUCAUUUGAAAGAGUCUCUGGCGUAUCUUUUGCUAAUUCUACGCAGUCGCGAGAAGGAUCGCUACGCCGCUUUCACGUCGAUCGGCUUUAUAGCCGUGGCGGUGGAAGACGCGAUAAAUCCGUACCUGCCGAAAAUCAUGGAAGUGAUCAAAAGUUUGCUACCGUCUAAGGAAACCCCGAGCAAGAAGCGCACCUCCCUGGAGCCGGCGGUGUUCGUCUGCAUCACCCUGCUCAGCCACGCGGUCAAGCAGGUCAUCGCUUCCGACGUCCGGGAUCUGUUGGAGCCCAUGUUUCAAACCGGAUUAAGCCCGAUCUUGACCACGGCGCUCAGAGAGCUGGCGCACAGCAUUCCGUCUCUGCAGGUGGACAUAUCUCAAGGUCUCUUGCGAAUGCUGUCGCAAGUUUUAAUGCAAAAGCCCCUGAGACACCCCGGCGCACCGUGGACGGCGACCAGUCCUAAUUCCGCGUCGGAUGACGUUUCGUCGACGGUUCUCGCACUGAAAACACUAGGUACCUUUAAUUUCGACAAUAAUCCGUUGUUGCAGUUCGUGAAGAGAUGCGCGGACCACUUUUUAACGUCGGAACAGGCGGAGGUCCGAUUGGAAGCUGUGAAGACGUGCUCUAGGUUACUGAGAUUAACACUGAAUCAGUCUGGUCCCACGGUAACCACUACCGUCUCGACUGUCCUGGGUAAAUUGUUGGUAGUAGGUAUAACCGACACAGAUCCUGACGUUCGUCUGUGGGUGUUGGCGUCGUUGGACGAUUCCUUCGACGUCCAAUUGGCGCAAGCGGAAAAUUUGUCCGCGCUGUUUAUCGCCAUGAACGACGAGAUGUUUGAAAUAAGGGAGCUAGCGGUUCGUACUGUUGGGCGACUCAGUACGCUGAAUCCGGCUUACGUUAUGCCGUCGUUGAGGAAGACUCUGGUGCAAUUUCUGACGGAAUUGGAGCACUCGGGAAUGGGCCGUAACAAGGAGCAGGCUGCUCGUAUGUUGGAUCACCUGGUGGUGACUGCGCCGAGGCUUGUUCGACCAUACAUGGAGCCGAUCUUGAAGGUUCUCGUCCCGAAGUUGAAGGAAUCCGAUCCGAAUCCCGGCGUUGUGCUAGCCGUCUUACGCGCGAUUGGUGAUUUGGCGGAGGUCAACGGCGCCGAGAUGCAGCAGUGGAUGACCGAUCUCUCGUCGAUAUUACUGGAAAUGUUGGUGGACGCCAGUUCGCCCGAGAAAAGAGGCGUAGCAUUGUGGGUGUUCGGUCAAUUAGUCGGUAGCACAGGCCACGUUGUAAAACCAUACCUACAAUAUCCAUCUUUGCUGGACGUUCUUAUCAAUUUCCUCAAGACCGAGCAACAGCCGAUUAUCAGGAGAGAGGCCAUUCGAGUGCUCGGACAGUUGGGUGCGUUGGACCCCUAUAAACACAAGAUGAAUCUCGGGCAGAUCGACUCUCAAUUGGACACGCUCACCUCGAUGGCGGACACCAAGAACGAUGUGGAGAGCACGCAGGAUUUGACAACUAGUGAGAUGCUGGUGAACAUGUCACCGUCCUCAUUGGAAGAAUUUUAUCCAGCGAUCGCCAUUACGACGCUCAUGCGAAUUAUUCGCGAGCCGACCUUGUCCCAGCAUCACACCAUGGUAGUGCAAGCGGUGACCUUUAUAUUCAAGAGCCUCGGGAUAAAGUGUGUACCGUACAUCUCGCAGGUCAUGCCGAGCUUCCUGAACGUCGUGCACACGGCUGACAUAAAUUUCCGAGAGUUCCUGUUCCAACAAUUGGCCGUUCUCAUCGCCAUCGUGAAGCAGCAUAUACGCAACUACCUGGACGACAUAUUCACUCUGAUCAAAGAAUUCUGGACUGUGAAUAGCCCUCUGCAGAGCACGUUGAUUCUUUUGGUCGAGCAGAUCGCAAUGGCCCUGGGCGCGGAAUUCAAGAUUUAUCUGCCACAGCUGAUGCCGCCGAUACUCAGAGUACUGACGCACGACAGCAGCAAGGAUCGCGCGGUGACGGUGAAGCUGCUCCUGGCUCUGCAGACAUUCGGGAACAAUCUUGACAAUUAUCUGCAUCUCGUACUUCCGCCGAUCGUUAAACUGUUCUACGCAAACGAUUGCCCGAUAGGCGUAAAUAAGGUCGCUCUCGAGACGGUCGAUCUUCUCGCGGACACGUUAGACUUCACGGAUUUCGCGUCGAGAAUCGUUCACACCUUGGUACGUACGUUGGACCAGUGCCCGGAAUUAAGGAGCACGGCCAUGGACACGCUCUGCGCAGUCGUGAUGCAGUUAGGCAAGAAGUAUCAGAUUUUCAUCGUAUUAGUUCAGAAAGUUAUGACAAAGCACAAGAUAGUUAAUUCGCGAUACGACGUUCUGGUGGACAAGAUACUCACGGACUCGACUGCGGCAGACGGCGAGGAUUUCUUGCUGAUGAGAAUGCGGCACUCGCGCAACAAAAAUCGCGAUCUCUCCUUAACGCCUUCGGAAACAAUUAAGAAACUGAACGUUUCAGGGCCGAACUUGCAGAAGGCGUGGACGGCGACUCGACGAGUAUCCAAGGAUGAUUGGCUCGAGUGGUUGCGAUGCUUCUCCAUCGGUCUGCUGAAGGAAUCCCCGUCUCCUGCUCUGAGAUCCUGUUGGGCGCUGGCGCAAACCUACGCCGUGCUACCGCGCGAUCUGUUUAACGCGGCUUUCGUCUCGUGCUGGUCCGAACUUCAUGAAUCUUACCGCGGAGAACUGAUACAGACUCUACAUCAAGCAUUGAUGGUGCCCGAUCUGCCUACCGAAGUGACACAGACCAUCUUGAACUUGGCCGAGUUCAUGGAGCACUGCGACAAGGGUCCCCUGCCGUUGGACAAUAAGAUACUCGGGGAUACGGCGAUGCAUUGCCGUGCGUAUGCCAAGGCGUUGCACUAUAAGGAGGACGAGUUUCACAAGAACAGAAACAGCAGCGUGUUUGAGUCCCUGAUUUCCAUCAAUAAUAAACUUCAACAGAAGGAGGCGGCCGAGGGCCUGUUAGAAUACGUGAUGAAUCACAAUCAACAAGAUCUCAAGGUCCAGAUACGUUGGUACGAGAAGCUUCACAACUGGGACAAGGCGUUGCAGCUGUACCAGGAACGUCUGGAGAGCGAUUCUACAGACGUGGAGUCUACCUUGGGGGAGAUGCGUUGUCUCGAGGCUCUCGGUGAAUGGGGUCAAUUACACGAGAUCGCUACAAAAUGGUCGAAUCAGAGUGACGAUAUCAAGCAACGGAUGGCGAGAAUGGCGGCGGCUGCGGCGUGGGGUUUGAGUCAGUGGGAAAGUAUGCAAAAGUACGUUUCGCUGAUACCGAAGGAGACCCAAGACGGAGCGUUUUACAGAGCGGUACUGGCGAUCCACGACGAGCAGUACAACGUCGCGCAUCAAUUUAUCGACAGCGCCAGGGAUCUGAUGGACACCGAGCUAACUGCCAUGGCUGGCGAGAGCUAUCAGCGGGCAUACAACGCCAUGGUAGAGGUACAGAAAUUGGCAGAGUUGGAAGAAGUGAUUCAGUUUAAACUGGUGCCGGAACGUAGAGCGGCCAUCAAGGCCAUGUGGUGGGAGAGGCUUCAGGGUGGGCAAAAGAUCGUGGAGGACUGGCAGAAGAUCAUACAGGUACACACGCUGGUGGUCUCGCCGCAGGACGACAUGUACACGUGGCUCAAAUACGCCAGUCUCUGCCGGAAGAGCGAUAGCUUGAUGCUGUGUCACAAGACGCUGGUGAUGCUGAUGGGCACGGAUCCAUCUUUAACUCCGGAUCAGCCGCUGCCGACUACUCAUCCCCAGGUGACCUUUGCUUACUGCAAGCACUUAUGGGUCGCGAAUAAACGCGAGGAGGCUUACAAUCAGCUGCAGCGAUUCGUGCAGACCUACUUGCAGCCGACGACGGCGGCGAUAAUAAAUCAGGAGGACGAGAAGCAGUACGAAAGUAAAAAGAGAUUGCUUGCCAGAUGUUAUCUCAAGCUCGGCGAGUGGCUGGAAUCCCUGCAAGGUAUAAAUGAACAUUCUAUUCCCGCGGUACUGUCCUACUACGCCGCGGCGACGGAGCACGAUCCCACGUGGUACAAAGCUUGGCACGCCUUCGCCUACACCAAUUACGAGACCGUUUUGUUUUACAAGCAUCAGCAGGGUAGCGAUUCUACGCCCGCGGAGGCUGCACCGGGCAACGGAGCGCGCAAUAAUAUCUCCAGCUCGCAAUAUAUAUCACAAUUUACUGUCCCAGCUGUGGAGGGAUUUUUCAGAUCCAUCAACUUAUCGGAUGGCAACUCUCUUCAGGACACCCUGCGUCUGCUUACACUCUGGUUCGAUUAUGGCCAGUGGCCAGAGGUGUAUGACGCUGUUGUCGAAGGUAUAAGAUUAAUCGAGAUAAAUACUUGGCUGCAAGUGAUUCCGCAACUCAUCGCCAGAAUCGACACUCCUAGAGCGCUGGUCGGUCGAUGCAUACAUCAUCUUCUCAUAGAUAUAGGAAAAACGCAUCCUCAGGCUUUGGUUUAUCCAUUGACCGUGGCUUCAAAGAGUGCUAGUCACGCGAGAAAGACCGCGGCUAACAAGAUCCUGAAGAGCAUGUGUGAGCACAGUCCGACACUAGUUCAACAGGCUAUGAUGGCGAGCGACGAGCUCAUCAGGGUCGCGAUCUUGUGGCACGAAUUAUGGCACGAGGGCUUGGAGGAGGCCAGUAGAUUAUACUUUGGAGAGAGGAACGUCAGAGGCAUGUUCGACACGCUGGAGCCCUUACACGCUAUGCUCGAAAGAGGACCGCAAACUCUGAAAGAGACCUCCUUCAAUCAAGCUUACGGCAGGGAUUUAAUAGAUGCCCAGGAAUGGUGUAACAGAUAUAAAACCUCUCGGAACGUGCGAGAUUUAAAUCAAGCUUGGGAUUUGUAUUAUCACGUGUUCCGAAGGAUAUCCCGACAAUUGCCACAACUGACUAGUCUGGAAUUGCAAUACGUCAGCCCGAAAUUGCUCAUCUGCAGAGAUUUGGAAUUGGCUGUGCCAGGAAGCUAUAGUCCUGGCCAGCCUAUCGUGAGAAUAGCGAGUAUCCACAGUUCUAUGCAGGUGAUAACUAGUAAACAGAGACCAAGAAAGUUGUGUAUUAAAGGUAGCAACGGUAAGGAUUAUAUGUUUCUACUGAAAGGUCAUGAAGACCUAAGACAAGAUGAAAGGGUAAUGCAAUUAUUCGGUUUAGUGAACACUCUCUUGUUACACGAUCCAGAUACCUUCCGAAGAAAUCUUACUAUUCAAAGAUACGCUGUGAUUCCAUUAUCUACAAAUAGUGGUCUCAUCGGUUGGGUGCCACAUUGUGAUACGCUUCAUACGCUUAUUAGAGACUUCAGAGAGAAGAAGAAGAUAUUAUUGAAUAUCGAACACAGGAUAAUGUUACGCAUGGCACCUGACUACGAUCAUCUCAUGCUCAUGCAAAAAGUCGAAGUGUUCGAGCACGCGCUCGAGCAUACGCACGGCGACGAUCUGGCGCGACUUUUGUGGCUGAAGUCGCCGUCGAGCGAGGUGUGGUUCGAUCGUAGGACGAAUUAUACGCGCUCUCUGGCUGUGAUGUCCAUGGUGGGAUACAUACUCGGUCUCGGCGAUCGUCAUCCGUCUAACUUGAUGCUGGACCGACUGAGCGGUAAGAUACUGCACAUCGACUUCGGGGAUUGUUUCGAGGUGGCGAUGACGCGCGAGAAGUUCCCGGAGAAGAUACCGUUCCGUCUGACGCGGAUGUUGAUCAACGCGAUGGAGGUGACCGGGAUCGAGGGAACGUACAGAAGGACUUGCGAGUCCGUGAUGUCCGUGCUGCAUCGGAACAAGGACAGUCUAAUGGCGGUUCUAGAGGCGUUUGUCUACGACCCUCUGCUCAAUUGGAGAUUGAUGGACAACGCGGUGCCCAAGGGCAAGCGAUCGGACGCUCAAGGCAUGAGCGCCAGCAGCAGCCAGGAGCACGGCGAUAUGCUCGAUUCUCUUACUGCCACGUUACCAAAGAAGGGUGUGCCGUGUAGCAUCGAAAACGGAGCUGAUAAUAAUCAACCGGAAGCCCUGAAUAAGAAAGCUUUGACGAUUAUAACGAGAGUCAGAGACAAAUUGACAGGGCGCGACUUUUCGCACGAGGAAAUUCUCAGCGUGCGACAGCAAGUCGAUCUGUUGAUCCAGCAGGCUACAAAUAACGAAAACCUAUGUCAAUGUUACAUUGGAUGGUGUCCGUUUUGGUAAAUGGAUCUUUUCGUCAAAGAUGAAGUCUCGUAAGUGCAAUCGUUUGCUUUUAUAUUUAAAACUUUACGAAGUUAUUAACUAUGUUUAAGAUUUUUACGAUAACCUCAUCUAUAUAUUUCUGUUAUAUUAUUUAUAUAUAUAACGGUGUAACAAUCACGGCAAACAAAAUGUAUAUUAAAAACAAUUGAUUAAUAGUCAAUGAUAAUAUCGCAUA